AUGAUUCCACUAGUAGAUGCACAUUGCCACAUUGGCACUAGAGCGAAAUAUGAAUUAGUAAGUGAUGAGGAAGUGCAAAAUGAAGGAACGAAACGAUGCAUUGUUUCAUGUAAUCAGAUCGAUCUCCCCAUACUAAUGGGGAUGAAAAGAAGUGAUGAGAAAUUGAUUAUUGGGUUUGGUGUUCAUCCCUGGUAUAGUCAUAUGUUUUCCUUGGAUCCACAUUGCACAGAUAAGAGGACACAUUAUUUGAAUGUGUUACAAUGCAGGGAUGAAUUCAAACCGGAUAUGGAUUCAUUGAUUGAAUUAUUGCCCGAUCCUAUAAAUUUGGAAGGAUAUAUUGAGAAAUAUUUUAAGGGUAAUCCCGAUAUGUUUGAUGUCAUUGGAGAGAUUGGGUUGGAUAAGUUGUUUUGGCUUCCCGAGAAUGGCUAUUAUAUGGAACAAGAGGUGGAUAAGCCCAGAUAUAAAUUGAGUAAAGUGAAAGUACAGUUAUCUCAUCAGAUUUCAGUGUUUACCAGAUUGUGCCAACUGGCUAAUCAAUACGAUAAACCUAUAUCAGUUCAUGAUGUAAAGUGUUAUGCUGCAUUAUAUGAGAUAUGCUGCCAAGAGUUGUUACAUAAUGAGAAAGUCAACAUAUGCUUACAUUCUUACACGGGGUCGGUGGAGAUGUUACUUAGCCAGUGGUUUAAGAAGUUCCCCAACAACCGAAUAUACGUUAGUAUCUCGCAAGUGAUAAACUUUAGGGAGAAACACAAGGGUUCCAAGUCAAGUGAGAAUCUCCUGUUAAGUAUUCCACAAAGUUCCAUACUAACAGAGACAGAUUAUCCAGUCGAUAUAUCUGCAUAUUCACUCAAUGAACUGGAUGACCAAUUAAUGCAAGUAUGUGGUGCCAUCACUUCCACACUGUCCCUGGAUGAUAUCGACGUGUGCAAAUCCAAUAUAUACAACAAUUUCCUAUCAUAUGUAAAUCAAUCGUAA